AUGGCUCAGUUCAAGAUUCGUGGUGCCCCCGUGGGGCGUGCAGCCAUCAUGUUGGCUGUCAUGGCGUCCAUGGGUGGUUUUAUCUUCGGCUAUGACACUGGCCAGAUUAGCGAUAUAUUGCUUAUGGAGGAUUUUCUACAACGAUUCGCGACUUGUAGUGAUCGCAGCGAUGCGUCUACAUGUCACUUCAAUACAUGGAUCGAAGGGUUAAUUGUUGCUCUUUUGUCGGUCGGUACCGCUAUUGGUGCUUUGAUCGGAGCACCAACUGCUGAUUUCUUUGGCCGUCGCAUCGCCAUGUCACUCGAAUGCGCUGUGUUUUCCAUCGGCGUUAUCAUCCAAGUAACUGCGUUCCAAGCAUGGUAUCAGAUUAUGAUUGGCAGGUUCAUUUCUGGCUUGGGAGUGGGCGCAUUGUCUGCAGCAGUACCUCUCUACCAGGCCGAAUGUGCUCCCAAACAGCUGCGUGGUACUCUGACGGGAACAUACCAGUUAUUUAUUACAUUUGGUAUCCUUGUCGCGUACUGUAUCAGCAUUGGCACACGCGAGACCUACAACUCGGCGUCCUGGAGGGUAGUCAUCGCAAUUGGCCUUGUCUGGGCAAUCAUUUUAGGGGUUGGAAUAUUAUUUAUGCCCGAGUCUCCUCGCUGGCUCUUGAAGCGCGGUCGUUCUGCUGAGGCCGAACGGAGCAUUGCUCGUAUACGCGGAGCCAGGGUCGAAGACCGAGAUGAUCAUGUCGUUCGCGAUCUCCACGAAAUGCAAGACAGCGUCAAGUACGAGCAGAGUCUGAGCAAAGCGGGUUGGCUCGACUGCUUCCGUCCUCAGCGCAAGACUCUGUACCGUACCCUUCUUGGCAUGAGCUUGCAGUCGCUGCAGCAGCUGACGGGCGCUAACUACUUCUUCUACUACGGAGCAACCAUCUUCAACUCUGUGGGUAUCGAAGACUCGUUUGUCACCCAGAUCAUUCUUGGCGCGGUCAACUUUGGAUGCACUUUCUUGGGAUUGUAUGUCAUGGAAAGGUUUGGACGCCGAGUCCCCCUGAUGGUCGGAGGUGUUUGGCAAGCCAUCUGGCUCUUUAUUUUCGCGGCGGCAGGCACCGCACGCGACCCCACACUACCCGAGAACCAAAACAUUGGAAAGCUCAUGAUUGUCUCUGCUUGUCUCUUCAUUUUGGGAUACGCCUCGACUUGGGCGCCUGGUAUCUGGAUUCUUAUUGGUGAAACCUUCCCCACCCGAACUCGUGCCAAGCAAGGUGCAUUGGCUACUGCGAGCAAUUGGGUCUGGAACUUCCUCAUCGCAUUCUUCACUCCUCUCAUCACCCGUAAGAUCACAUAUCGUUACGGGUUUAUCUUUGCCUCUUGUAAUCUCCUUGGGGCUGUUGUCGUAUUCUUUUUCUUGUACGAGUCGUCCAGUCUUUCCCUCGAGGCAGUCGACGUCAUGUACAACGACCCCAAGGUCAAACCAUGGAACUCUCGCAGCUGGGAACCUCCUGCGGACUACGGUUACUCUGGCCGCGACGAUCUCGUUGACCAAACGCGUGCUCACGAUGCGAACAAGCCAGUUGUUAGACAUAAUGAAAAGGCUCCUGGUGAGACUGAUGCUUCCGGGUCUGGAUCCCGCACGGCUUCAUCCGACGGCCACCGUAGCGUGGACGCCAUGGUCAACAACGGAACCAAUAAAGUCUAG